CUGCGCAGGGCGGGAGGCGUCCCGUGGCAGCGCCGGCACUUCCGGCCGCCGCGUUCCACUUCCGGGUCGCGCCCACCGCCGCCCGGCCGCCGCCUGCGCCGAGCCGCGACCGCAGCGUCGGCCCUGUGCCAGCCCCGCCAUGCGGCUCUACAGCCUCAGUGUCCUGUACAAGGGGGACCCCAAGGUGCGCCUGCUCAAGGCCGCCCACGACGUCUCCUCCUUCAGCUUCUUCCAGAGGCCCAGUGUGCAGGAGUUCAUGACCUUCACGAGCCAGCUGAUCGCGGAGCGCUCGGCGCUGGGCAGCAGGGCCUCGGUCAGGGAGCAAGAGUACCUGUGCCACGUGUACGUGCGGAGCGACGGGCUGGCUGGGGUGGUGAUUGCAGACAAUGAGUACCCCCAGAGGGUUUGCUUCACCUUGCUGGACAAGGUGCUGGAGGAGUUCUCCAGGCAGGUGAGCAGGAUGGACUGGCCCUCAGGGUCACCUGCCACCAUCAGCUACUCCGCCUUGGAUGGGUACCUCAGCAAGUACCAGAACCCCCGGGAUGCUGACCCCAUGACCCGAGUGCAGGCGGAGCUGGACGAGACCAAAAUCAUCCUGCACAACACCAUGGAGUCACUGCUGGAGCGUGGCGAGAAGCUGGACGACCUGGUCUCCAAGUCCGAGGUGCUGGGGGCACAAUCCAAAGCCUUCUACAAAACGGCCCGAAAGCAGAAUUCCUGCUGUGAGAUCAUGUGACAUGGAGCCCGGGGUCUGCACCUCCGGACCACCAGCCCUCCACACCCCUCCACAGCCCCCCCAGGGCUGCUCCUGGGGCUGGGCCGGGGGUCCCCAGCCCCCUGGGCUGAUGUGACUGUUGUCCACCUUGAGGGGACACCAAGGCUGGCACCAGGCCGGCACCCAGGGGGGGUGGUCCACAUGGAAGCCCCCCCAGCCUCGCUGCUGCUGGGGCAGCUGGGACCAGGGGCUGCCUGGCCAAGCACUCCCCUGCCUUCACAGCCCCCCAGAAGCCUGGAGGAGCCCCCCACUGCUGUCCAGGGGCUGAGGGGGCAGGCAGAGCCCCCACUGCCAGCCCAGGCAGCUUUUAUGUAUUUGUGUCCUAAGGGUGAGCUGGGGGUGGGAAGGGGAAAAGGUUUUUUUGGGUGGGGGGUGCCUUCUGCCCUCCCUGGGCAGCUCCUCCCAAGCUUGGAGCUGUGUCCUGGUGCUGGGGGAGGGGGCUGCACCUCAGAGCCCCUCCCCUGCUCCCACCAGCCUGGGUGGGGGGCUCAGCAGCUGCCAGGGCCCCGCUGCCUCCUCUUCCUCCUCCUGGGGAAGGGCAAGGUCGGGCUCGGGCUGUAGCUGGGCUUGUUUCUGUGCCCUGGCUGCACGGCCAGGGGAUAAAGUGGUCUUUGGCAAUUCCUCUGUUCCUUUCUGCGGCGUCCUGGGUGGGAUUUCAGACAGACAGACAGACAGACAGACACAUCCUGGGCACCCAGGUGCACCUGGCCUUGCCUUACUUCAAUGAUCAUUGGUUUUUCCUCAUAAUUUAUUUGCAGUUUUCCCGAGACAAAAACGAAAUCAGAGUCAUCUUUUACACUUACAAGGCUCAGAAAGAAAAGACAAAGGGGAUUUUUUUUUUUGGGGGGGGGGAGGAGGGGCACGGGGGGGGGGGGGAUAUGCUGGGGAGGGGGGAGACAGAAAAAGAAUGAGAGAAAAGGGGAGGAAGGAGAAAAAUUUUGGCAACGAUCCACCAGCAUUCAUGGGACAGGAACAGCUCAGCUCCUCAACAUACAGCGUUAGCGCCCGAGGGUUGCUCCCGCGCAAAGGGCAUGCAGAGAAAUCAUCGGAAUAAUUAAAAAAUAAUUAAUAUCCCCCGCCCCCCCCCC